AUGUUGAUGAAGGUUGCAGCUGGUGGGUGUGUGAGAAAGACGAGGAGGCUCAGAUCCACAACAAAGACAGGACCUCCAGGACAGCCAGGCAGCCAAACAGAUACUACACGGAGAAUAACUUCCACUGUCGAAACUGCAAUAAGACUGGACACCUAUCCAAGAACUGUCCUAAGCCAAAAAAGUUGGUACCCUGCUUCCUCUGUGGUAACCUGGGCCACCUGGGGGUUGAGUGUCCCAAUAAGUACUGCAGCAACUGCGGACAGCCUGGACACGUGUUCGACACCUGCAGCGAAAAACGAUACUGGUACAAGCAGUGCCAUCGCUGCAGCAUGAAGGGGCACUUUUUUGAUGGCUGUCCGGAGAUCUGGAGGCAGUACCAUCAUACAGUGAGUACAGUAGCUCACUUCUUUAUGGUUUGAUCUCACUCUGGCUUUGUAUUAGCCUUUAGACAGGAAAUGAA